AUGGAAGCCACAGCCUCGCUGGCUCUGGGCAGCUCUUCAGGAUCAUGUCAUCAGGUCAGGUGCGCGUACGUGCCUCUGCAGAGUGGGACCUCUUCUGGAGACUUGAAACAUGUUCAAAGCGGCGUUGGCCUCAGUCACUCCGUGUCCUGGAGCUCCACUGCAGCCACAGACUCCUACAGCGAGACGCACUCAGGGAUGCACACCAGCAUCAGCGAGAUCCUGAAGGAGAAAAGCCUGAAGCCAUCCCGCCGCAGCCUGCCCUGUCUGGUGCAGAGCCAAACCCAUCCCAUUAACCUCAACCACUUCCUGUCUGUGUCCCUGAGCCCGGAGCCCAAACCUGAGGCGGACGUCCUGAGCCAGAGCUUCAGCACCUCCUGCAGCCUGCUCCCUCCACACAAAGAGGAUGUUAAAGACCAGUACUUGGAGGAGUCUGAGGCCCCAACAUGUGAGACCAGAGCGGACGAAACACUACUGCUGCACAAACCAUCAAUCACACGAGCCAAACUAGAGGCGCGGGCAGAUUCCUUAAAGGGACGGGUGCCAACUGAGUCAUCUGGGCUGUGUUUCCGUGAUGGUAAAAAGAGAAUAGAUUAUAUCCUGGUGUACAAGAAAUCCAGUCCUCAGGUGGAGAAACGAUGCACAUUUGAAAAAAACCUGCGUGCAGAGGGUCUGAUGUUAGAGAAAGAGCCUUCCUUAACAAACAAUGAUAUAAUGUUUGUGAAGAUACACAUUCCUUGGGAUGCACUUUGCAGAUAUGCUGAACAAAUGAACAUACGAAUGCCUUUUAGGAAAAAGUGCUACUUCACAGACUGGAAGAGUAAAAAGUUGGGCAGCUGGUUUCACCUGAAGUGCCAGCAAAUUAAGAGCUGGCUGCCCCGAAAUCCCAUGAAACUGGACAAAGAGGCGCUGCCCGACCUCGAGGAGACGGACUGCUACACUGCACCAUUCAGCAGAGCCCGCAUGCACCAAUUCACCAUCACCAAAAGGGAGACCUUUUUUUCCAACUCCACCCGAAGCAGAAUCAUUCAUCAUGUCCUGCAGCGCACAAAGUAUGAGGACAGCAAAUCAAAAAUAGGCAUGAACCGACUACUGGGCAACAACACGUACGAAGCUGCAUUUCCUCCCCAUGAGGGUGGAUACAAGAGCAGACAUCCCAUUAAAACACACGGAGCACAGAAUCACAGGCACCUGCUGUAUGAGCGCUGGGCCCGCUGGGGGCUGUGGUACAAGUACCAGCCUCUGGACCUCAUCAGGAGGUAUUUCGGAGAGAAGAUUGGCCUGUACUUCGCCUGGCUCGGCUGGUACACCGGCAUGUUGAUUCCAGCUGCUCUUGUUGGGCUUUUUGUCUUCCUCUAUGGCCUCUUUACAAUGGACUCCAGCCAAGUCAGCAAAGAGAUUUGUGAGGCCAACACAACCAUCAUGUGUCCCAUGUGUGAUGAUAAUUGUGAGCCAUGGACUUUGAGUGACAGCUGUGUGUAUGCAAAGGUGACCCAUCUAUUUGACAAUGGAGGAACCGUGUUUUUUGCUAUCUUCAUGGCUAUUUGGGCCACGGUAUUCCUGGAGUUCUGGAAAAGGAGGAGAGCGGAGUUGACUUAUGACUGGGACCUUAUCGAUUGGGAGGAAGAAGAGGAGGAGCUGCGACCACAGUUUGAAGCCAAAUAUUCCCGAGUGGAGAGGGUGAACCCCAUAUCUGGAAAACCAGAGCCUUUCCAGCCUCUCCCAGAUAAAGUCAGCCGGCUAAUGCUGUCAGUGUCGGGGAUUUUCUUCAUGAUCACCCUGGUCUUAGCUGCCGUGUUUGCUGUAGUGGUUUUUCGCCUCAUUGCGAUGAAGACAUUCGCUUCCUUCAAUUGGCAUUUCGUGAAGAAGAACUGGCAGUUUGCAACGUCCGGCACUGGCGUCUGCAUCAACUUUAUGAUCAUCAUGUCGCUCAAUGUGGUUUAUGAAAAGGUGUCAUAUCUGCUGACUAAUUUAGAACACCCGCGCACAGAAUCCGAAUGGGAAAACAGCUUUUCUCUGAAGAUGUUUUUGUUUCAGUUUGUGAAUUUGAACAGUUCCACUUUUUACAUCGCCUUCUUCUUGGGCAGAUUUGCUGGCAGGCCUGGAAAAUACAAUAAACUCUUUAAUCGAUGGCGGCUGGAGGAGUGUCACCCGAGUGGAUGCUUGAUAGAUUUAUGCCUGCAAAUGGGAGUCAUCAUGUUUUUCAAGCAAAUCUGGAACAACUUCAUGGAGCUUGGUUAUCCGUUGCUGCAAAACUGGUGGUCUCGGAGGAAGAUGAAGAAAGGAGGCGGCGCAGGGCAAAGCAUCGAUAACAAGGCCCAACUUCCUCAGUGGGAUAAGGACUGGAAUCUGCAGCCCAUGAAUGCACACGGACUGGUGGAUGAAUACCUGGAAAUGGUUCUGCAGUUUGGCUUCACCACCAUCUUUGUUGCGGCUUUCCCUCUGGCUCCGCUUCUCGCUCUCCUCAACAACAUCAUCGAGAUCCGCCUUGAUGCAUACAAGUUUGUCACCCAGUGGAGGCGGCCGAUGCCCGCCCGAGCCACUGACAUCGGUAUUUGGCACGGCAUACUGGAGGGGAUUGGCGUCCUGGCCGUCAUCACAAACGCCUUCGUAAUCGCCAUCACCUCUGACUACAUACCGCGCUUCGUCUACGCCUUCAAAUACGGCCCGUGCGCAGACAAGGGGAGCCACCACGAGAAUAAGUGUUUACGGGGGUACAUGAACAGCAGCCUGUCUGUGUUCGACAUGGGGCAGACAAACAGCAGUCAGUUCAGAUUCUGCCGCUACAGGGACUACAGAGCCUCCCCCUGGAGCCCCGUCCCGUACGAGUUCACUCUACAGUUCUGGCACGUGCUGGCGGCAAGACUAGCCUUCAUUAUAGUCUUUGAGCACCUGGUGUUCGGGAUCAAGUCUUUCAUCGCGUACCUCAUCCCGGACAUACCCAAGGACCUGUGCGACCGCAUGAGGCGCGAGAAGUACCUGAUGCAGGAGAUGAUGUACGAAGCCGAACUGGAGCACCUGCAGAAGGAGAGGAAGAAGAACGGACGCCGCUAUCACCACGAAUGGCCUUAG